UUGGUAUUUCUCUACACCAAAUGUUAUUCCAUGUAUAUCAUAUUUCCUACAUAAAGGGAAUGGUCAAAUAUUAGUAUUAUUCAUGUACAUGUCCCUUUCCUAACUUGAACAACCUUACUACUUACAUUUGGACCUCCACGUUUCUGAUCCUCCUUCUCUAUCUCUUCAACAUCAUCUCAAACAAUCACAAAUUCUUGUAGGAAUGAUCCCAUCAAAGUUUUUGGCAGUUCCUACAAUUAUCCUCAUAUGUGCCUUUCUAAUCACCACAUAUCUUCCUUACCCAAACAAAGAUAGUACUAAUAAAAAUGGUUCAAAACUUUCGGAGUUGCUAGAGGUUUUGCCUAUAGAUGGCGCUUUCGGGCCCGAAAGUCUCGCCUUCGACGCGGCCGGCGACGGGCCGUAUGCUGGUAUAUCCGAUGGCCGGAUUAUAAAGUGGCUCCCUCAUCAACGGCGUUGGGUGGACUUUGCCUUCACUUCUCCUCUAAGGGAAGUAUGUGAAAAGCAAUCUAAUCAUGAACAAAUGGAGCAUAAAUGUGGACGGCCAUUGGGCCUAAGUUUCAACGACAAGACAGGGGAGCUUUAUAUUGCUGAUGCGUAUUUGGGCCUUCUGGUUGUAGGCCCAAAUGGUGGGCUGGCUAGAAGUGUUGCAACAGAAGUUGAAGGUAUACCCCUUGGGUUCACUAAUGGGCUGGAUAUUGAUCAGCAAAGUGGGGAUGUUUACUUUACUUCGAGCAGUACUAGGUACCCAAGAAGGAGCUACAUGUCAUUGAUUCUUAGCAAUGAUAAGACAGGAAGGUUGCUAAAAUACGAUCCAGAAACAAAACAAGUAACGAAGCUUCUUGACAACCUCACAUUUCCAAAUGGAGUAUCCUUAAGCAAAAACAGGAAGUUUCUUCUGCUAAUUGAGACCACUAGUUGCCAAAUUCUAAGGUAUUGGCUUAAAAAUACUCCAAAAUCUGGAACAGUUGAAGUUUUAGCAGAACUCCCAGGUUAUCCAGACAACAUUAAGAUGAACUCAAAAGGACAAUAUUGGGUGGGAAUUUAUUCAAAAAGAGGCAAAGUUUUGAAGUGGCUUCUUUCAUAUCAUUGGGUUGGAAACACCAUUGUGAAGCUCCCAUUUAACGCCGUCGAAUUGGUUAAACUCUUUGUUAGAUUGAGAGCCAUUGGUUUAGCUGUGAAGUUGGAUGAAAACUGUAAUGUAUUGCAAAUGUUGGAGGAUAAAAGUGGUAUGUUGAAGUUUGUUAGUGAAGUUGUGGAAAAGGAUGGGAACUUGUGGUUUGGUUCUGUAGUUUUGCCCUUUGCGAGUUUGUAUAAGGAUCAUGAAGCAUAAUGUUGAGACAAAUUAGGAGGAUGAUGGUUAUUUUCUUAAAAUUCUAUUUUGCAUAUGUUUCGAACCACCACUUUUGUGAGUGUAAGUACUUUUCUUACUAUUAGAGUGUAAAUACAUAUACCAACGACGAUGUGCUGAUAUUAGUUAAGGUUGAGGUGAUGUGAACGAUA